UCCUGACUCCCACCGCCCCCCAGUUUCCCGCCGGCUCCGCCUCCGCCGCCGCGUGCUCACUCGCUCUCCGGUCUGCCUGCUUCAAUCAAACCCAAUCGAAUAGCAGGUGGAGAGCUAGGGACUACCAAAUCGAUAAAAAGUAGACGAUGAGCUGCAACAACAAUUUAGAAUUAUAAACUUUUGGGAUGAAUUGUGUAAGAAGUAAAGAGAUUUAGGUUGAAGAGGUAGAAGAGGUGCCAAAGGGUGAAGAAGAAGUGACUGAAGAGGGGAAGUUUGUGCAAGGAAGGGGAAAUUUAUUUUAAAAAAAUCCCCUACAAUCUCCCCACUUUAGUUUGGAUUUCGCGAGCUUCAAAUAGUAGAAAUGGUGGCGAUGAAGCGGAUGUUGAAGAAAGCAUCGUUGCUAGGUGAAUUGGGGUUCAUCAAGGGAGGCGGCAACAUAAACUGGUUCCCUGGUCACAUGGCAGCUGCUACUCGUGCAAUCCGAGACCGCCUAAAGCUCUCUGACCUUGUAAUUGAAGUUCGCGACGCUCGUAUACCAUUGUCCUCUGCAAAUGAUGAGUUGCAGCCUAUGCUGGCGGGAAAGCGACGAGUUAUUGCUCUUAAUAAGAAAGAUUUGGCAAACCAAAACAUCAUGAAUAAAUGGGUCCACUAUUUUGAUUCUUCCAAACAAGACUGUCUUCUGAUUAAUGCACACCACAAAAGCUCUGUUCAAAAGCUUCUCGAUCUUGUGGAAUACAAGUUGAAGGAGGUCAUAUCUAGGGAGCCAACACUCCUUGUCAUGAUUGUCGGUGUUCCCAACGUGGGCAAGUCUGCUUUAAUCAAUUCCAUCCAUCAAGUAGCAUCGUUGCGCUUUCCAGUGCAGGAGCAGAAGAAGAAGCGAGCCACAGUUGGGCCUCUACCUGGAGUUACUCAAGAUAUCGCCGGAUUCAAGAUUGCACAUCGACCUAGCAUAUACGUACUGGAUACGCCAGGGGUGUUGGUUCCGAGUAUUCCAGACAUAGAAACGGGUUUAAAGCUAGCUGCCGCAGGCUCGGUAAAGGAUUCUGUAGUUGGCGAGGAACGGAUUGUCCAGUACUUGCUAGCUGUUCUGAAUGUCCGAGGCACUCCUCUCCGUUGGAAGCCGCACAACAAUAAGGAAGCUGAAGGUGGUAGUCUCAAUCUUGAUGACAACCGACCCAGCUAUGAUCUUAAAGAUUUAUUGCCGAAGAGGAAGAAACCUUCUCUCAAUAAGUCCGACGUUUACUACAUUGAGGAUAUUGUGAGUAACGUUCGAGGGGCCAUUCACAGCCCCCUUGCCAAAUUCGAGGGGAGCUUGGAGGACGAGGGAGAGUUGGGGAACCUAAUCGAGCAGCAGUUCGAAGCCCUGCAGAAGGCGAUGAAGAUACCCCACAAAGAAUCCGAGGCUCGGACAAUGGUGUCGAAGAAAUUCUUGACAUUGUUUCGAACAGGUAAGCUUGGCCCUUUCACUCUUGAUGAUGUCCCUGAACCUGCAGAUGCUCUAUGAAUUCGUUUCUUUGUUUCGUAGAUUUCGGUUUUUUAUUGUUUUUUAGGAGAAAUAGUUGUUGAAUAUGAUAUUUUAUGUAGAAAAUGAAUACGUUUUUAUCGGAAAUAA